AUGGCCAACGAUGUUUCGGAGAUGGUAAAAUCGUGUCUGACUUGUGAGAAAUUCCAGCGUAACAAUCAAAAAGAGCCGCUUAGACAGGAUGAUUCUCCGGAGUGUCCGUUUCAGAAGGUGUCCACGGAUAUUUAUGAGUAUGGUGGUAAGGAUUGGUUGGUGUUGGUCGACGCCUACUCAGGUUUUAUUUGCUCGGAUCGGCUUCAGGAUAAAUCUAUGCGAAGUGUCAGCUUAUUGUUCGAUAAUUUUUUCAAUGCGUAUGGAUAUCCCACACAGAUUCGCAGUGAUAACAAUCAGUUCGAUUCGUUGGAGUGUGAGAGGUAUGCGAAUAAGAAAUACAUCCGGUUCAUCUUCUCUAGUCCACGGUAUCCUCAAAGCAACGGCCUAGCGGAGAAAGCUGUUGCAAUAGCCAAAAAUAUUUUGAAACGAUGUUUUGAACUUGGUGAAGUGGAUCAAUUAAAGUAUCGUCUUCUUGAAUUUAAUACGACUCCGAUUGCUGGUAUGCAGCUUACACCAAGCCACCUGUUUUUCGGAAGACUACUUAAAACGCGUUUACCUGUUGAUGAGUCUCUUUUGGUUCGUAAAAAUAUUGCAGAAAGGGUUGUCCGCAGUAAGUUUGAGCGUAAACAUGUCAUUCAAAAGGAGAACUAUGAAAAAACAGCUAAACCUUUGCUGCCGCUUAAUGUUGGAGAUCGUGUUAUUUUUAACAAAUGCUCGAAAGAAUGGUAA